CCCUUUUGCCAAAACAUUGACCUUUGACCUCUGAGUAAACAAACCCAGCAGCAACUUAUGACUGCUUUUACAGCAGCAAAAUAGUGAUGCAAUCGGUGCUUUGAUGCAACCCUUUGAAGUCGUAAGACAAUGGCAGGCAACAAGAGCAGCAGCAGCAACGAUAAACCUCUAUGGCGACCACUGGCACAUAAGCUGUCCAGUCUGAUCCCGCUGCGACGCCUCAAUAAAGCCAAAUCCAAGCCCGAUGUCAGGUCCGACCAUGCUUCUCCAUCCAACGCGUCGGACUUUCGACUUGAUGUUCAGUUAAACGGCCUCGAGAGCCUCCGCCUCCCGAGUAGUUGGCUUCUCCAGCCCAAGGACGCCGACAAGCAGAGCCAGCAACAAUCAUCGCCUGCCGACGCGUCGCAUCAGUCAGCGAAACUUAGUCAUCCAUUUUCGCGGAAGCCAGUCAAUCGCCAUCAAGGCAAUCGACCCUUGACUUUUAUCGACAGCCCCAGCGAUGCAGACCAGCACCAAGCUCGGGCAUCGGCACUGGAAGCCCUCACGAAUCCAGAUGCAUCGACAACACCCAGUAUUCUGGACCGUGGGCGACCAGUCGAAGCCAGACAUUUAAUUCACCAGCCGGUCAAGAACCUGAAGAACCAUCGCAAGUCACUGCCUUUAGACCUGGAGACUAUGUUCCAGGCUCCUAAUGAAGAUCACGAUUCAAACGCACUACGCACCGCCACUAUUCGCUUGGUGCCAAAUGAAAGUCUCAUUGCUACUCCGUCUGUAAAAGAAUCGCCGAGAUGGACUGCAGCUCAAGAGGCACGGUUAGCAAUGCCGCCACCACCAAGGCCACUCAGUACCAUCGCCAUUGACACGCCGUCUACUGCAUCGCCUUCUAAGGCACUGCAAAUUCCACGUAACCCUCAAUUGGCCUUGAAGAGGCCCACCAGCCUUGGACCACCCGCACCAAAGGCUGCCGAGUCAACCUCAUCAGACAAAACUAGUUCAACAGAUUCAACCCCAAUUACCAGGGUCAAUUCAAAGCGACCGGGUGCAUUGAGUGAUCGCCUGGCCUGGAUGCGAAAGCUAGAAGAGAAGGAGAACACCAAACCAAACAACGACUUGACAGUACUUCAGAAACGAGCUGGCUCCGUUUCGGACAAGCUCGCCAUGUUCGAGAAGAAGAACCUGUCGGUCACCUCUGCCUCCUCCAAGCGCCUACAACUACCAGCGAGGAACCCAAGCAGUCAAUAUUCGGCGUCGGUGCGCGAGUCGAUCUUUUCGGCAGAUGGCAGUGCUUAUGCCCCGUCACCUCGCACCUCAAUGGACACUGCGCGAACUUCCUCCGUUAUGAGCUAUUAUGACGAUUCGUUCCGAGAGAAACUCGAAUCAAUUGUUGGUCAAGAGCCUGAAGCGAAUAAGCAAACAGAGUGAAAUCGUUCCUCAGUGCUCUUGUCUUCCUUUGAUGAGACGAUUACAAAUCAAGAAUGAAGAUGAUUUAGAAUGUAUUUAUUGAUAUUAUUAGAGCAGGUUUCUUUCAUACGAUGGCGUUAAUGACUUUAACUUAGAUAUGAUUUGAGAAUCAAUUUAGAUUCUCUUUAAUACAUACACUGCACACAACGUGUCACUUACAAUUGAGUUGUCUUUGCCACGUUUGGCUAUGCAAGC